UGUGACGUCCCCAGAAACAGGCGCUGCUAUUUUGGCUGGUGGAUAAUCAGCCUCUCAAAAAUAGGCGAUGGCUCCAGGAGGGUGCGUGGGGAGAGAGCAUUCUGGAAGGGACACACCCCUGGGCAGGGGAGAAUAAAAUCCGCUGUUCCCCUGCCCCAGGCCAGCACGGCUCCGGCCACUGCACCGAGCAGAGCUGCAGCACAACCUGGAGCACUCGUUUGGAGCAGAGAUGCUUUGCCGCCUGCACUUCAUGCCACCCAUGUCCAGCUCGCUGUUCCCGUGGCUGGGACCCGUCCGCACCCUCUGGCCACAUCCAGGCACCCUCUUCGCCGAGCUGGAGCGGGAGAUGCGGCUGGAGAUGGAGAGGGCUCGGGAGUUCAUGAGCAGCGUGGAGCAGUACCUGAGCGGUGGGAGCAGCCCCGGGCGGCUCGGCAUCACCGCAGAGCGCACCCCGAGCACCAGCGCAGCCCUGACCCAGGGCUCUGGGGACGGCUUCUCUGUCUGCCAGGACGUGAAGGACUUUGCGCCCGAGCAGCUGUCGGUGAAGGUUGUGGGCAGGAAGGUGGUGCUGGUGGGGCAGAAGGAGACGCAGAGCACGGACGAGAAGGGCUCCUUCUCCUACAAGUACGAGGUGCUGAAGCGGGAGUGGGACGUGCCCGAGGAGGUGGAUGCCGAAGCGCUGACCUGCUCCCUGUCCAAGGAAGGGCAGCUCCGCAUCGAGGCCCCCAAGCUGGCGCUGCCGGCCGCUCCCGAGAGGAACGUGCCCAUCCAGAUGGGGCCGGCGGUGGCACAGCCAGCUGGCAGCACUGAGGAGGGAGCCGAGCGAGCCAAGGCGUGAAGAGGAGCAACGGGGACCAGGCUGAGCCUGGCUACGGGGGCAGCUGCUGGCCGCAGAGCGGCACCGCGCUAGGACUGCGCGAUGCCCCGGGGGGUGGCGUCUGCCCAAACCAUGCGGCUUUUUUUGAUAUGUAAUAAAUAUUCCUAACUUUUA